AUGGAAGAUAAAUGUUUCAUGUGGGACGACAUUGCCGAUGAAUUAUUUUUGUUUAGUAUAUCAAAAACGGAAGAUGUACAAGUUAAAAAGAAUAAACAAAAAUCUGAUUCCGUUCACGAUUCACAAGUUUACAGUCCGCACGCAUAUUUGCUUUUAAACUUUCACGAAACUUUAAGCCAGCGUGAAAAGAUACGAUUUAGAAGACAAUAUUUACGAAAAAUAUCACCAAACGAACCAAACGUUAUUAUUUUACAAGACAUAAAAGAUCUUGUAAUGUUUUUAUUAGCAACGCCUGUUAGCCCGCAAUUUGUAAAUUUCUUUCAUUUGCCGAUUGUGGACCGUUUCUUAAGAGUAUUAAUAAUGUAUUUUCAAUAUUAUGUGACGAUAUGGGAAGAGCUGAUGAAAGAACGUGCAGCUACUAUGAAAAAAGCACCGAAUCCUUUAGCACAAGGCUAUAGAUUUAGAUUUGCAGACAAUAUGCAGAAUCUUCGGUGUGUUCUAGGUAGAGAAUAUGCCGAUUUAAUCAUAGGUUGCCAAGAUAGCAUUCAAUAUCAUCAUAUGACCGGUGGAAAGAAAGGAAUGACAUCUAUGACUCAAUCGCAAGGUGAAAAAGAUUUAAGAAUGUUUGAGGUACUAAUUUGUAUGGCGCAUCGUGUCGUUUGGAUAGCUUUGGAACGUAAAUACUUUAAUUUGAUUGAAAUUGAAUUACACAGAUUAUUUAGAACCGAAGCAUACAACAUAGCACAAAGACGAAGUGCUAGUCAAAUCAUUCAAGAUAUGUUAGCAGAUGAUAUUAAAGUAUUGCACGGUCAUGAAAUACAAGAAAAAAGGAAAUUAUUGAGAAAUUCCCCUUUGAUACAAGAACUGAUAUAUUCAAAUUGCGAUUAUCGUCUUCUAUCCUUAGGUAUAGGAAAUAAUUCAUGCGACAAACGGAUACUUUAUUUACAAAAUGCUCUUCUCGUCGAAGAAGAUAAGUUGCAUGAGUUAGGAAUUAGAAUUGGAAUUCUAGGAGAGAACAAAGCUGAUUAUGAUAUAAUGUUGAUCCCGCUAGAAGAAGAAGAACAUGAUAAAAUUCAGUUAUCUGAAAAGAGAAUGUAUGAAUGGAGAAGUACACAAGAUACAUUAUCAUCUGUAGACAAAAGUACAAAAAUUCAAGGUCUCCCACUGUUCGAGUCUGAAUUUAAAUUGGCCAAAAAUUUUCCAAUUAAGAUGGGUGAUAUCUCACCGAAAGGCUAUCAAACAGUCUGCGAAGAAGCAAGAAAACGAUGGUUAAUUCGGGAAAUUAAACGUCAGAAAAAUAAAAACAUAGAUACAUAUUCCAUAUCAACAACAUUAGAUUAAUCUGUUGUUUAUCAUAGUUUUGAAAACUAACGAUGCUGAACGAAUCUUGUAAAAAAGAUUAUGUAAAAUCGCUUGUAUAUUUAAAAUGAAUGUUAAUCUAUAAAUUUAUACUACUUACCGAAUACUGUAUGUAAACUGAUUUGUAUCACUUACUCGGUAUGUCUGACUCUGUAUAAUAGUUUACUGAUUAAUACUAUUUGCAAAACAUUCAUUCGUAACGUGUAGAAAUAAUCAGCAAACGAUACAAUUCGUUGUAUCAUUCAAUGUCUAAUCAUAUCGAGUACUAUCAAUCCAUAUGUGCGCAAAUACCCGAGUGCAUAAAAUAAGUAGUAUAAAUUAGUACAUAGUCAGACGGCCAACAAGUAGUAUAACUCUAGCAUUUAGAACUCGCGGGAAAAAAAGAUAUGCGGCUGCUGACGGGAAUAUUAGUACAGGCAAUUUUACGAUCAAACAUAUAAGAAUACAGAUAAGGUAUACUAUGAAGUGCAAUAAAUGUUGAUAAAUGAAAAUUAGUAUCUUUAUUUAUUAAGUAUAUU